UCAGGGGCCGCAAGGGACCGGUGUCCGGCUCGCAGUGUGAUCCGGCCUGCGGGGGGCCCCCCUUAGCUCAAGCCCCUGGGCUACAGCCCCUAAAGCCCCUGGGCUGAGGGGACCGAGCCUGGCGGUUGGAUGCAGUUUGGGGAGACUGGGGCGUGCGGCCGGGCCGUUUCAUUGCGAGGGCGUGUCGGAGGUUGCCCGCCCUGGGACGCCGCUGAGGGAGGGAGGCUCCUCCUGGGGCUGCCCCAGGGCGGGCCGGGGCCGGGGAGCGGCUCCGGGGGCUGAUGCUACUCUGCAGAAGUAGGAGGGGCCGGCGCAGAGCACCAGCCUCUGGAGUCGGGAGGCGGCAGCGCCGAACUCGGAGCAGCCAGGUUUUUGAAAUUCCUAAAUACUUGGCCUUUUCUGAGUAAGUAAUAUGGAGAUGGAGAGGAUGAACACGGAUACGUCUGGUGAGGAGGAAGAGAAGGAAAACAAUGAAAGAAACUCUAGAGUUUGUACUAGCUGUGACAAGAUUCAUGAGUCCAUUUCCAAAUGGAUGCUUCCUGAAAAUGCCAGAGGAACCUACCUGGAAAGAGCAAACUGUAUCCCUCCUCCUCUCUUCAUCAUUUCCAUUAGUAUAGCUGAGCUGGCUGUAUUCAUUUAUUAUGCUGUUUGGAAGCCCCAGAAACAGUGGAUCACGCUGGAUACAGGUGUCUGGAACAGUCCCUUUAUUUAUAGGCCUGACAAGAGGGAAGAAACUUGGAGAUUCAUUUCAUAUAUGCUAGUGCAUGCUGGCAUUCAACACAUUUUAGGAAAUCUCUUUCUGCAACUUAUUUUGGGGAUCCCCUUAGAAAUGGUUCAUAAAGGGCAUCGGGUUAGUCUGGUGUAUCUCGCAGGAGUGAUUGGAGGUUCCUUGGCUAGCUCAGUCUGUGAUCCCCUCCAGGCUCUCGUAGGGGCUUCAGGAGGAGUCUAUGCUCUCAUUGGAGGAUACUUUAUGAAUGUUUUAGUGAACUUCAGAGAAAUGAUUCCUUUGUUUGGAGUCUUCAGAUUGCUCCUCAUCGGGAUUAUAGUUGGAACAGAUAUGGGAUUUGCUCUGUACAGAAGAUUUAUCGCUCCUGUGAAUGGGCCUCAAGUGUCCUUUGUGGCUCACAUUGCUGGUGGCCUAGCUGGGAUGUCAGUAGGUUAUGUCAUUUUCAGCUGCUUUGAUAAGAACUUUAUAAAAGAUCCAAGAUUUUGGAUCUCCAUUGUUGCUUAUUUAGUCUUUCUGGUGUUUGCUGUAUUUUUCAAUAUCUUUCUUUCACCAGCAAACUAAACUGCACCACCCACAAAAGAAACACUUAAAUCAUCAGGAAGACAACUUUAAAAAAAAAAUAAAAAGAAAAAUUACAGUUUUAUAACUACAAAAGGACUCCAUAAAUGUUGCUUUUUUAAAUAAUGGUUGUGUACAGACUUUAAUUUUUAAAGCAUUGGACCAUCAUUUUUAUGGUUAUCCUAUCCCAGAAAUGAAAUAUAGUUAUUAAAAUAUGACCUUUUCAAAAUCAUAUGUAACCUUUUCUAUUUUCUAUUACUUUUUAUACUGUUAAAUUAAAUAAACAUCAAGGGUUCCUGGUUGCUUUGGAAUAAUUCUUGCAGCUUUUGUUUUGAGCUUUUGUGACAUGAUUCAGUAAUAUUCAUUUGGAAGAAAUUACUUCUUCCAAUACCAGUUUUCUAACCUCAAAACCAGGAGAAAAAUGUUGAUCAGCACAAUAAAGAAUUCUU